AUGAGAACUUUCCCCGAGUUUAUCGCUCUCAUCGCUCGAUCUCCUUGGGCAUACGUGGGCGGUGUUUCCUUAUCACGAAUAUGGCCGGACUUGCUGCACAUUUUAGACUUGGCACUGAGUCCGGAGGCAGCAGCCAGUGCCCUCACAGCCACUGCCGAGCAGAGCCCGUGGCCGGGCCAGACGCAACAAUUGCGGCUCUCUGCCGCUUACGCUGACUUCGUGAACAUGUGCCGCGCGGACAAGGUUCGCUCCAGAGCACCGCCGUUUCAGCUGGAUGCGAUCAAGGGGAACAAGAAGAAACUGAAGUUUCCCACGUUCGCUCAGAAACAUCUGAGCGGGGCCGAGUCAGUGGUGCUUGUGCGAUGGCUCGCGCUGGUAUGUGCUCGAGAAGCUGAAAAAGAUGGCAGCGAGCACAACAAGUUGCGUGCUGCACUGUUUCUGGGUUUGGGCACAAUGAGGAAAAUCCUCACGUCUGCUGGCUUUUACCUGAAUGCCGAGGAGCUGAGAGAGCUGGAGUACUACAACACAAUGUAUCACUCCGCUCUCAAUGCUCUGGCUACGGAAGCCAUGCAUCAUGGUCAGCUGCUGUGGAAGGUCCGGCCGAAGGGCCAUCAGCUGGAUCAUCUUUGUCUGGAUGCUGCGGUUCUGAUGAACCCCAUCCAGACUUCGGCUUAUUCCGAGGAAGAUCUUGUGGGGCGCAUGAAGCGCCUGGCGUUGCAGUGCCAUCCACGUCGGCUUGGACUGACGGUGCUGCAGAGGUACUGCUGGUACUGCUGCGUGAGGACGCAAGGGACGCCAGGGACGCCGGGGACGCUGGGGACGCUGGGGACGCCGGGGACGCUGGGGACGCUGGGGACGCCGGACGCCAGGGACGCCGGGGACGCCAGGGACGCCAGGGACGCUGGGGACGCCGGGGACGCUGGGGACGCUGGCCGAGAUGAAUUGGGGCAGAAGGAAGGGGAGCAAGGGGAAGGAGGGAGCCUCGGGCAGGAAAGCAGCGGGAAGGUGGAAAAAGGGGAAAAGGAAGAAGAACGCUUGGAAGAAGAAAGGGCAAGGCUCCUCUUUUGGGUUUGCAUCUUCCUCCUUGACAUUGUCAUCGUAGUUGGGAUGCAGAUCUUUCUGGAGUCCAUCGGUCGAAAGCGAACUGGUCGCGAGAUCAUGUCUCAGAAGGCCAUGGCCAAUGCGCUGGCCAAGGCCGCCACGGGCGGCCCGACCGGGGCUCCCAUUCCCGAGCCCAGUGCUGCAGGCAGCCAGCGACUUUCAGUCCUUUCCCAGGAAGAGCUCUUGGCCCACUUGCUGGCCGAGCACUGGGUGAAGAUCGUCAUAGGCCUCGGCCUCGCCGUUGCUCUGCGACUGCCGCAGCUUUUUCUGAGCGAAGACGGGGUCGUCUUCCACAUGCUCUUUACCUUGGUGACUGUCCUCAGAUGCAUGUCUCCUGUCAUGCUCUGGUUUCGCGACGAGAUGGGCUUGCCGAAGAAGGGAAAAUCAACGGCAACUAACACAUCGACUGGUGGCGUGCCCACGGCGGCACCGCACAAGCACAGCCAGUGA